CACUCAGGUUCCUGUUUAUGUUGCUGAAAUUACCUCCAAGGAUGUGCCUGGCUCGUUUACAUCACUUACUCAAUUGAUGAUAGGCAUUGGAAAGGCUGUUACAUUCAUUGUCGGUUCUCUUGUCAGUUGGCGCACCUUGGCUCUAAUAGCUAAAGGUAGACAAAAAUGAGGAUUGAUGGGACUAAUGUUCAACCAUCAUUCAUGGUUUUGCUAGGUUUUCCAAGCAAGGCUGGUACUAUUGCAGCAGCUGUUGUACUGAUAGUGAUGACUAGUUUGGGAGUAAUCUUAAUAGACAAAUCAGGUCGACGACCACUUCUCCUGUCAUCUUCAACAGGAACAUGCGUGGGUUGUGUGUUCACAAGCUUCUCAUUCUUCUUGUGUCACGCCCCAAAAUCCAAAUUUGAGGCGCGACAGAUGCCGUAUACUUGUGAGAAGGUCUCACAAAUGCAUGAGGAGGAACCGACUCUACAGCAAUACAUGUCGACAUGUGCUAGCGUUUAUAAACCUCCCACUAGCGGGCACACGAAUAACAUGACCAUAUCGGAGACAAAACAGGCAGAAGUUAACAGGAAAAUCAUAAUUUGCAAAUAAUUUCCAGCUCAUCAGGGCAGUCAAGUAAAUUCUAAGUAGGCAUGCUCAAAUUCAUAAAAAUAAUAAUACUUUCAUUUCAAAUCAGUCAUCCUCAUAUUUGUGUAAAAUGAGUUUAGUCUUGCCAUCAUUUCAAAAGAAGCUAAAGUAUUCUUUUAAGAGCUGUACAGGCAUUACUAUAAAUUUACUUACCUCAC